AUGCUUGCCACUCAUCUGCUGCAUCUUCAGAUUCUCCACCGUAGUCUCUCUUUCCCAACCGCAAAUUACUGUUCCCAGGGCAAGUCAAGGCAAUUUCCCACCAAAAGGAAAACUCAACAUACGGAUAUGGCAUCGUCUCCUUUCUCAGGAACCCCUUCUAACGCGUAUCUCCGAGAGAAAACUACAUCCUCUACAAGCCCAGAGGCAGGAGUGAUUCGAAUGGCUUCCGUUUCAGCUAAUGCCUGCAGUCUCAGCUUCCAAGCUUCCCUGCUAAAGCCGCGUAGCAUCCAGGGAGCUGUAAGCAGGUGGUGUGUGAAGCUUCCUUCUGCGGGCUCAGCAAGGAUUAGGUUCCCUCCGCUCACUUCUCGGCGGUUCAGCAUCUCUUGCGCUCUGGCAUUACCUCCCGAAUCUGAGCUCACCCCUGCUACCAAGUUUUCUGCACUUGGGGCUGACUCCCUGGACACUGUGGAGAUAGUGAUGGGGCUGGAGGAGGAAUUUGGCAUCAGCGUGGAGGAGGAAAGCUCUGAGAACAUAACCACGGUCCAAGAGGCGGCUGACUUGAUAGAGAAACUUGUCCAAAAGAAAGCCGGGGCUUAG